CAGCGUUCUCCCACCGUCAUGGCAUCCUUCUGAGCCCUUCAACAAUGGCGGCUACUUCUGGAACAGGGACUAUCCCUGCUCCAGGCGCCUCUCCACGCAAUGAUGACAUCUCUAUUGCCCAGCGGAUGGUUUCUGCCAGUUGUGGCAGCGUCUUAACGUCUCUUCUGGUCACCCCUCUCGAUGUUGUCCGGGUCCGUCUGCAGUCUCAAUCUUCCUCAGUCAUGAAUACGUCUGCCUUUGCUACUCACACAACUCGAAGCCUAAAGAACCUCCCUCCGAGUCUCGGUGUGACGGCUUGCUGCCGUGAAGUGUUUUGGAUCGGUGACAAUGCCCAAAUAUGCAUGCUUGGUCCCACCACUGGGGCUAUAGGGAGUGCAUCUACUCCUGCAGUAGCAGAAUGUGCAGUGGAGGAAACCCAGCGGAAGACCUUUACAUCAACUCUGGAUGGUCUUCGAAAGAUUGCCCGCAAUGAAGGGCCAUUAACCCUCUGGCGUGGUCUCAGCCCUACUCUCAUGAUGGGUAUCCCUGCAAACGUGAUUUACUUUGCCGGAUAUGACUGGCUUCGUUACGAUGAUCGGAGUCCCAUCAAGCGACUUUUCUCCGAGAAUUCCGCCCCGUUAGUCGCCGGAUCAUGUGCGCGAAUGGUAGCUGCCUCAGCGAUCAAUCCGAUAGAAAUGUUCAAGACUCGUCUACAGGCUACACCGGGCCAUGGGGCAGGUCAUUUCAAGGCCACUUUGCAGAGCUUGCACCAGAUGACUCAGGUGAAGGGAUACUCUUCACUCUGGCGCGGACUAACUCUCACUAUGUGGAGAGACGUUCCCUUUUCUGGAAUGUAUUGGUGGGGAUAUGAAGAAGUAAAGAAAUACUUAAUCAGAGCUCGCGAACGUGCUGAGGACCAUAUCCUGCAUCACGGACACGCAGAUGAGACAAACACCUCUACAUUCCUUGAGAGCUUCAUCUCCGGUGCGGUCUCAGGUUCCUUCGCUGCCCUUGUAACAACGCCGUUUGAUGUGGGCAAGACGCGUCAACAAGUGUUUAAACACAUGGGCGAUGACCUUUCCAGUUCUGUGGCUGCGACCGGCAUCCUCUCAGAAACAGCUAUUCGACCGGAGCAGCUUUCGUUGCCAAGGUUUUUGUUGCACAUAUUCCACGAAGAAGGCAUGGCCGGGCUCUUCCGCGGCUGGUUUGCACGGUGCUUGAAGGUAGCUCCGGCAUGUGCUAUUAUGAUCUCAACAUACGAAAUUGGAAAGAAGAUGGCUCGGGACGUCAACGAAAGUCGCCAUUUUGGUCUGAAAGAUACAGAAUCAGAUGCCAUAUAGUCUACGGCGUCCUGUAUGCCUGCAUUUCAAAAAUUGAAGCGUUAAUUCCUAUCCGACUGGCGGCUAUUUCAACAAUGGAAAGGGAGCUCUAUCCGAAAGAAUUUCGGAUUCCUCUUUCUCGAUUCAACUUGUGAUUUGCAAUGCCAUUUCGAAAUACUCAUCCCCGAUUGAUUGAUAUCCCACUUUGGUCUUUGUGGUAUUUAUCAUUGCCUUUAUUUUGCAAGCAUCAUUUCAGUAUCCCUAUUUCCAUUUUCUACUCACCGAUAUAUCUGAUCUAUCAUAGGGGGCUCUUUUGUCUUAUGUGAUUCCACGGUGUAUACGGCUAAGGAAGUAGCCAAGGUGAAGACAAAAAUGGGUAUGUCUAUCUUGUCUCUUUCGUGUACAUGUAUACUAUAAUUCAAACUGGGGGGAAAUCUUCCUAGACUAGAGAAGAAAAGCAAGCGAACACUGGAUAUCUCCACUCAUUAACUGGCAUUUGAAUUUACCUUUUGUCAUGAUUUCCGUAUUCUCAUUUUCUUUUUGUAGUCCACUGUAGCCA